AGUAGAACAGAUCACAACAAUUGCAGCAGUGCGGGUAAAAAUAUAUUGGAUUUAUUUAUCAGCAUAUAUUAAAUCCAUUUCAUCAUGGAGCUAAGCAAGGUGUCUGUGUCUGCGCCUUCAGAUGCAGCAAAGAUGACGGAAGGCGACAGCGUGGGCGUUGGCACGCUUAAAGCUGAAAGAGCCAAGCCACAGCUACUCUAUGCGAUUAAUGAGAAUCCUGUGUGGUAUCUAAGCAUCUUUUUGGCCUUUCAACAUUACUUGACUAUGAUUGGCGCCAUUGUGUCCAUACCAUUUAUAUUGACGCCAGCGCUUUGCAUGUCCGAUGAGGACCCCAACCGUGGCAUUAUAAUAUCUACAAUGAUAUUCAUCACUGGCAUUGUAACUUACUUUCAAGCCACUUGGGGCGUGCGUUUGCCAAUAGUGCAAGGUGGAACCAUAUCAUUUCUGGUGCCUACCUUAGCUAUUCUCGCCUUGCCGCAGUGGAAGUGUCCUGCGCAAUCUGUGCUAGACGCUAUGGAUACGCAGGCGCGUGAGGAGCUGUGGCAGACGCGGAUGCGUGAGUUGUCGGGUGCCAUUGCAGUGUCUGCAAUGGUUCAGGUUGUUCUAGGCUACACAGGUCUUGUGGGGAAGAUCCUGAAAUAUGUGACGCCGCUAACAAUUGUGCCCACUGUCUCAUUGGUGGGUCUAACUCUAUUCGAGCAUGCCGCCGAAACGGCCUCCAAGCACUGGGGUAUUGCUGUGGGUACCACUGGCAUGUUGACUUUAUUCUCGCAGAUCAUGUGCGAUGUGUCGGUUCCUAUGCCAGCCUAUCGCAAGGGGCACGGCCUGGAAAUACGGAAAUUUCAGUUGUUUCGUUUGUUCCCCGUGCUGCUUACGAUUAUGAUUAUGUGGGGCUUGUGUGGCAUACUGACUGCAACGGAUGUGUUUCCCCCGUCGCAUCCUUCACGCACUGAUGUGCGUCUGAAUGUGCUAACUAGCGCCAAAUGGUUCUAUGUGCCGUAUCCCGGCCAAUUUGGGUGGCCCUCGGUUACAUUGUCCGGCGUGCUGGGCAUGCUGGCUGGCGUGCUCGCGUGCACAGUGGAGUCCUUGAGCUAUUAUCCUACAGUCUCGCAAAUGUCAGGAGCUCAAGCCCCGCCCUUGCAUGCCAUCAAUCGUGGAAUUGGCACAGAAGGUCUGGGCACGGUUCUGGCUGGACUUUGGGGCGCUGGAAAUGGAACGAACACCUUUGGAGAGAACGUGGGUGCCAUUGGUGUUACCAAGAUUGGUUCCCGUCGCGUUAUACAGUGGGCAGCUUUUAUCAUGGUGCUGCAGGGCGUUAUAGGGAAAUUUGGUGCCAUUUUUAUUUUAAUCCCCGACUCGGUGGUGGGCGGCAUAUUUUGCGUUAUGUUUGGCAUGAUUAUAGCCUUUGGCUUGUCUACGCUGCAGUAUGUGGACUUGCGCUCGGCCAGGAACCUUUAUAUACUCGGUCUGUCCAUAUUCUUUCCAAUGGUGCUAUGUCCGUGGAUGCAACAACAUCCGGGCGCGAUUAAUACGGGCAAUGAGACUGUAGACUCCACGUUGUCGGUGCUCCUGGGAACAACCAUACUGGUGGGUGGGCUACUGGGUUGCCUGUUGGAUAACAUUAUACCAGGCACGCCUGCUGAGCGCGGCUUGACGGAGUGGGCCAAUGAGAUGCCGUUGGGCGACGAUAAUAUUAAUGAUGGCACGGCCACGGACUACGAUUUUCCAUAUGGCAUGAAAGCCAUCAGACGCUGGAAAUGGACUUACUACAUACCAUUUAUGCCAACCUACAAGUUGCAAAAGCAAAGCUAAAAGCCAAGCUCAGAGCUGUAAAUAUGUACCAUAUGUUUAUAGCAAUAAAAUCACA